ACAAGAUCAUAAGUUUUAAAACUAACAUAAAAACCAACAGCUACAUACAUACCAAACAAUACAAUGAUACAUAAGUACUUGAGUUAAUCUAAGUAUAUAGAAUCAUAGAUCGAGAAAAGAAAAAAAAUUAUAUAAAAAAAUAUGCGAAGAAUUCAUGAGGACAAGUAAACAAAUUCAAAAUUUAGGCUCAUCUCAUGGGGAGUGAUGGUUGGUUUGUAACCCAAAUGGAGCAAUGAGGUAAACACUUCCUUAUCCAUGAUAUGUUGUAGGCUAGUUGACGUGGUGUUUGUGAUUGUGAAGGAUCAAAGAAUGGAGGAGCAGACAGCAGUAAUGGCUGAGGUCAAAGAUUUCAGAAGAGGGGGGACACGUGGCAGAUGGGUUUGGCGGCAGGCAUCGAGUCCACUUGGGAACCAAUAAGGCACCCAUGUGUCGACUAGGGAAAAGGAUGGAAUUGAAUGAUAGCACAUGGGUGACAGCAUAUUUUUUGGGCUUAUAAAUACCCCUUCCUUACUCUUCCAUCCUUCAUACACAUCCUCUUCUUCCAUCUUCACGUGCUCUCUGUUCUUACCUCUGCCACUUUCCCUGCAAAUCUUAUCCGUUUCCUCCUUUUUCUCGUUACGCCCCAUACUUAUCAUCGAACUAGUAGUUUUGUUCGUUGGUUGACAGAGAAAGCUCCUUCUUUUAAAAAACCAAAACCUGCCCCAUAGCUAUACUGAUAUUAUUAUUAUACUCUUCCUUGCUUCUUCCCAUGGAGAACAAGAACAACAACAAAAGCCAUGUCGGAGGGUCCUCUUCAUCCACGAAUUUUGAUCAGCUUUUUGGUCCCAAGGACCCCUCAUCUACCUUCUCAUCCUCCUCCAGCAUCUUCGGCUCCAUUUUUCCUCCUCCCUCAUCUGCUGUAGGAGGGAGUGACUCGAGAAAGCAAGAUCUGGGAAGCAAAAAUUAUGGAGCAGUAGGUGGCAAAGGUGAAAGCAGUGGUGGCGUAUCUGGCAAGAAUUAUCAGAAUGAGAGUACAAUGGAGCCCAGCAACUACUACACCUCAUCCAUCUACUAUGGUGGUCAAGAAAAUUAUUUCCCAAAAUCCAGGACCACUGAUUCCCACCAUAAUGUUAAGAAAGAUUCCGAUAACGAUGAUCCCAAUGGGAACGAUCCAAACAGCGCUUCAAGAGGAAAUUGGUGGCAAGGUUCCCUUUAUUAUUAGCUUAACCCUAUAUAUUACAAGAAAAACCCACCGUCCUGACCAGGAUAAUGUUGGUAGGGUUAUGCAAAUAAAACAUAGUGCAGCGUGCUACGCAGAACUUUGUCGAUACCAAGUACUGUUUUGGAGGUGGGUCCUUAAUAGCUACUUUAGGUGGUAAUCCACUGAUCCAACAGCAGUCAACAGACCUUGAUACCAUGUUAAUAAUACAUAGUAUUCUAGUUUUCUGUCUUUUUCCGGGAAAAAGGUUUCAUGUGGGUAUAACUAAUCUUAACCUGUAGACUUAAAACGCUGUAUGUGUACUGCAUAUACUAUGUAGUCCUUUAGAGCUAAGGACAUAGAAAUUGUAGUAGCUCACUAUGGCUAAUUUCAAGAUUCCCUGUUUUGUGUGUACAUACGUGCCUCCCUAUAUUACAUGUUCAGCUGUACUCCAAUUAUGGAAACAAAACGAAUGGCUUCUCAGUUGUUAACUUAGUAUAUAAUGGAGAGAUGCAUAUAUUCUC